UUGAGGAUAGGCAAACCCGUCCACGCGCUUGUCGCCGGGGUUGACCUUGUUGUAAUCCCAUACGACGGCAACGUUUCGGUGUUAUAUGGCAGAUGUUUGCACCGGGGUGCACUGCUCGCAGACGGUCACAUUGAAGGACAGAACCUCAUUUGCGGCGUUCAUAACUGGGACUACCGGUACGAUACAGGUGUAAGUGAAUAUCACAACGAAGAAGUGCUUGCGAAAUUCACCGCUUGGAUCGAGAAUGACACUAUUUGGGUCGAUGAAGAUGAGAUCGCUGCUUGGGCGCAAGAGCGUCCCCAACCAUACAAGCGGGAUGAAUAUCAGGGAGCGUAUCAAGAUAUACAUGGCGUUGAGGAGGAGCCGUAUGUUGCCUACAUCCGAGAAUUGGCGAGCCAUGGGUUAAGCAACGUUGGUCAUCACGGUCGUGUCGCUGCGAUGGGGGUGCCGAGACAGGAGCUUCCGGGCUGGGAUGAUUUACAGUUUAUCGUCGCACAACUUCGCAAGUUCCCCCAACUCGAUGAUGUGCCUGUAGACACUGAAUUGGUUAUUGGAGCGCGGGCGAAAAAACCGCUCAAACUGAAAAUUCCGAUUAUUGUGUCGGACAUGAGUUUCGGUGCCCUGUCCGCUGAAGCAAAGAUUGCACUGGCGAGAGGGGCUGAAAUGGCUGGGACUGGCAUCUGCUCCGGCGAAGGGGGCAUGUUACCCGAAGAACAGGCGGAGAACCGCUGCUACUUCUAUGAACUCGCCUCUGCACGUUUCGGCUUUUCGUGGGAUAAGUUGCAUCUGGUUCAGGCGUUCCACUUCAAGGGUGGGCAGGGCGCGAAAACAGGUACAGGUGGACAUCUUCCCGGCGAAAAGGUACAGGGAAGGAUUGCCGAGGUUCGCGGACUCAUCGCAGGACAGCCGGCGGUCUCUCCUGCACGUUUCCCGGAUUGGGACAGCUUGGAUGACUUCAAAAACUUUGCUGAAGAGGUCCGCAAGGAAACCGACGGCAUCCCGAUUGGCUUUAAGUUAUCUGCGCAACAUAUUGAGGCGGAUAUCGAAGCCGCAAUCCAAAUUGGGGUGGAUUAUAUCAUUCUUGACGGUCGUGGCGGCGGCACCGGCGCAGCACCGCUCAUUUUUCGUGACAACAUUUCAGUCCCAACGAUGCCAGCAAUUGCGCGAGCGAGGAAAUAUCUUGAUGAAACAGGGAAUGAGGAUAUAACGCUGAUUGCGACGGGAGGAUUGAGAUCUCCGGCGGACUUUGCCAAAGUACUCGCGCUUGGUGCAGAUGGCGUUGCCAUUGCGAACUCAGCACUACAGGCGAUUGGCUGCGUGGGUAUGCGUGCGUGCCACACGAACAACUGUCCGGUAGGGGUUGCCACGCAAAAGGAGCAUCUUCGCGCCCGACUAAUUGUUCACCAAGCCGCCCGCCGGCUUGACCGAUUCCUUGGCGCAGCAGUUGAAUUGAUGCAGGUGAUGGCACGUGCCUGUGGACAUACCCACCUGAACCAAUUCUGUAUUAAUGAUCUAACGACUUGGAAGCGGGAGAUUGCGUAUUUGACAGGGGUUAAGUACGCUGGGGGUUGUGCCUCUAUAAAGGUUUUGUAG